GUAGAACGCAGGGGAGCAAGUGAGGGUGACCCAUGAUGGCGGCCAGUGUGUGGCGCUCCCUUAUGUGUUUCAUGUAAGCUUGUGGCUCAGCGCAGGCAAGCGACGACCAAGCAUGAAGGGAACGCGCGGGUUACGGCGCCUGGUCUUGUGUACAGUGUCUAUAGACAGAUAGUAAGCUAGACCAUGUCGUGGGGCAGCGGCGGUGGGAGGCUGGUGGUGGGUGCAUUUCAUGGUGAGCGAGAAGGCCACCAGCAGCAGCAGGUGGGCGGGGGCGGCGAUGUGGACGAGGUUAUACAGCGGGCGUUGGAAACAUGUGAAACCCACCACCAGUUCAUCGCCUCGCAGGCAGAGCACCUGGAGCGACUGAGGUCCCAGUGUGCCACCAGCGCCCAGCUCACCCAGCAGGAGAUCCGCACGCUAGAGGGAAAGUUGGUGAAGCUGUUUAGUCUCCAGCUGGUGACCAAGCGUCACUUACCUACAGGUGUACCAUUACCCCUGGAGCUACAGCUUUACCCCUCCCUCAAGCAAUGGCUCCAAGUUGUUGGACUCUGCAAGGAUUCAGUUAAUGGUAUGUGCCAGCGAGUCUCAACACUUGAAGGACUGUUAGAAAAGAGAGAAAAUGAAUUACGGAACAUCCUUAGUGACUAUGGAGCAGAUCGGAGUGAAGCCCACAAGCUGGCUCGAGCUAUGCACAAUCUCAAGCGAUAUACAGAAGAUGGGGUUACCAGACUCACGCCCUUGGACUGGAGAGAGGGAUACUUCACUUCUCGAGCAGAGAUACAGAUGCAGGGUCAAGGUGGAGACUGGGGGAGUUCAGAAUUACCCCUUUACUGGGAUUCUUGGGAGCGUUCCUGUCCACCAUCUCCUCGUCCCAGCCACCGCACACAGCGAGAAUGUCGGUCAUCAGUGUCUUCUUCAGAUGGAGAUGGCGGUAGUGUGACCAGUGGGAGUACAAGUGGAGGAGCAUGGAGUGGAGAUGGAAGUCGAACGAGUGGUAGAGGGGUUCCAAUCAGUCAACGCAGCAGUGACGAUUCAUCCACUCCAUCAUCGCCCCCUCCCCCCUUUUCCUCAGUUCCUCCACUAAGUCCUGGUGGACCCUUCCAUGUAACCUCAAACCUCACCCUUUCUGGUAGUGGGUCCGUUUUCUCUGAGAAACGCUACACUCCCCCUCCCACACCUAAUAUAAUCCCCAAAGGCAAGUCUUCAGGUGAUAAGAAAUUCCCGACAACUCCUCCUCCUGGAAAAAAAUAUCAAACUUGUCUCCUCAACCCCAUGCCACCAUUAGGGCGGUCCACCUCUCAUGAAUCCCAGCUGGCACCUCGGGCUGAAGGCCACGAACAGCAGUCCUCAACACUCCUCAGUCAUUUUUUGUUAAGAAGAAAGUUAAAUAAUUUUUGGGUGGGCGGCAGCAUGGAGCAGCUGGGUACACGACGGACACGCCUUCACUCUGAGUCUGAAGCUUCGGGAACAGUAGAUAACACUGGUAAGAGACCUGAUGGAAGUAGGAGCAGGACUGACAUGCGGGAACUUAGGACGGCACAAAACUCUCCUGCGCCUUCCACUCUGGCCAGCCCAAUAAAGUCUCCGAACUAUCCAGAGGCUGCUGAAGAGGAGAAUUAUACAAACAAGUGUACCCUAGGUGUUCCAAAGUCACCACGUACCCCAACUCUACCCGGGUCCAUGGUCCACAACGUGCAACAUCGGUUUAUAAAAACCAUCAAGUCGGCAACCUGUGGCUAUUGCCAUCACAAGUUUACAAUUCUUAGUGGUAGUCUAAAGUGCAAAGAGUGCAGCUUUAAAUGCCAUCGUGAAUGUGAACCAAAGGUGCCACCAUCUUGUGGAUUGCCUCAUGAAUUUCUUCAGAUAUUUACUGAUUCUCUGAAGAAGGGCGGUAUGGACGGGAGCGGUGGGCUUCCUAGUCGGGGGACCCCAGGCGUGUCUCUCUCUCAUCUCAAUGAUGUAUUCCCCCCUCCACUACGGGACAGCCCUAUGUUCUCUUCCCAGCCAUCCAUUAACAUACCAUCCUUCCAGGGUCCAGACUCCAGUUCUAACACCUCCAGCUGUAAUUCCUCCACCCCCUCCAGCCCAGCUCCAAUUAUCUCUGCUUCUCCUGCACAGCAACAAGCAUUCCGCUUCCCAGUUACUCGAGGAUUCCACUUCCCAGAUUUUACUUUCUUCACAGAUGUGAAUGAUGAUACUGGAGACAUUCCCUUAGAGAUGCGGCCUCUUACGCAUAUCUCAGCCAGAUCUCUCCCCAAGGUUCCUGUGUCUUCCUCCUCCACACAUAGUGAUGUUAUUGACUCCCGCCAGUCGCAUGAUUCUGAUCGCACUGUGUCACAAACUUCAGGGUCUGGUAGUACAGGCACUGAUGAUUCAGAGCGCACAAUAGCGGGUCGAGUGGAUUCACAGGAUUCCACGGUUUCUGAUGGAGAGAACGCAGAUCCUCGCUGUUUUCGGCAGAAUAGUGUCAGUAGUGUGUCUCAGUCACUACGGGAAUGGGAUAUCCCUUAUGACGAGCUUGACCGUGGAGAAGUUAUUGGCCGUGGUCGAUUUGGCAUUGUGUAUUCAGGAAACUGGCAUGGGCAUGUGGCCAUUAAAGAACUCCGUAUGGAUUAUGUGAAUGAUGAAAAAACCCUCGAGGCAUUUAAAGCUGAAGUGAGCACAUUCCGCAAGACUCGCCAUGAAAACCUGGUGUUGUUCAUGGGGGCAUGCAUGAAGCCUCCCCGACUGGCAAUAGUAACAAGUCUGUGUAAGGGCAGGACACUCUAUACUCACAUUCAUGUCCAGAAAGACAAGUUCAACAUGUCCAAGACCAUCAUGAUUGCUCAACAAAUUUCACAGGGUAUGGGCUACCUUCAUGCUCGAGGAAUAGUUCACAAGGACCUUAAAACUAAAAAUAUUUUUCUGGAGAGUGGCAAGGUUGUCAUCACUGACUUUGGCCUGUUUAAUGUUACCAGACUUUGUCAUGAUACCAGACGAGGCAACUGGCUAAGUAUUCCUCCGGGCUGGUUGUGUUACCUUUCUCCGGAGGUCAUGAGAAACCUACGUGUAGCUCAGAAGCAAGAUGAUGGCCUCCCUUUCACUACUUACUCUGAUGUCUAUGGUUUUGGGACAGUAUGGUAUGAGCUGCUGUGUGGAGAGUGGCCUCAUAAAGGAUUGCCGCCAGAGGCCAUCAUCUGGCAGGUUGGACGGGGCAUGAAGCCAUCGUUGGCCAACCUACAAGCUUCACGUGAUGUUAAGGACAUCCUCAUGGCCUGUUGGAGUUACCGGCCAGAUGAAAGACCAGAGUUUUCCACCAUGCAAGCCAACCUCAACAAAUUGCCCAAAAAGCGACUCCACCGUUCACCAUCCCAUCCCAUUCAUCUCUCGCGGUCAGCAGAGAGCGUUUUCUAAGCAAGGUGGCAGUGAAUUUAAGGAUGCUUUUGUAUUAUUUUGAAAGAUGUGUAAACACAACUUGGAUCUGAAACCAGCAAUCUAAGUGUGUCAAACUGCUAGUGUACUUCUCCAGUAUUGAUUAUUAUCAUCAAAAUAAUUCUUAUGUACUUGCAUUGUACCAAUGCAUUGAUUACUGAAACCUGUUAAUGAGAAAAUUGGUUGUCCAUAAUGUAAAGCUGUAAUAUCUUGGUAAUUUUUAUUACAUUAUGUUGAUUUGUUGAACAGGAAAAAAAAAAUAAUAAUAAUAUAUAUAUAUAUAUAUA